CCUGUCGGUUGAAACUCGGUGAUAUACUUUGGUGCCUGCAAUUUACAUAAUCUCGGGGCGAAUUGUACAUACCUAAUGCACCUAGUUACAACUAAAUUCUUGGGAGAGAAGGUUCUGUACAUAACAUAAGGUAAUCGCCAAAUGUUCUCAAGUUCCCAAUAUCAACAACAUCACCUCAAAUCCUUUCUCCGAUGUUCAUACGGUGACACUCAUCUCUAGCUUGCCUACUACUGGCUAGAUGGGCAAGCCUCCGCGACGAUGCGGGAAUUCAUGGAUUACAUCCAGUCGGUCUUUUAUGCUGCAACAGGCUGGAAUCGUGAUAAUAGCUAUUCUUCGCUCAAUGCGACGUCCGAUGCUCUUCUGAACUUUCCGACGCCUCGUGGUCUUCGCCUAACCCUAUCUUCUCUCGCAACAUCGCAAUUCGCUACUUCGUAUCAGCUCGGCACCGUGGGUGUUGUCGACGGCUCUGUAUCAUACUUAUACUCAACGGUGCCUCUCAAUAAUGCCAUCGCCCAGAGUGAAAAGAUACCCUUACCAGACCUUUUACGGAGUUACCGCCCACUUGCCGAGUUACCUCGUCGAGCUGAGGAAGGAGGACAGCUAGAGGGAGGGUUGAUCAAAGAUGGACUUGCAUAUGGGAGACUUUAUCUCCCUGCGUCCAUGUUGGAGGCCCUGGUAGUUAGGAGGAUUUCGCCUACGUUACAGUUCCAGCUUAGUGCCGUGUCAAAUCAAAAACUACGGAAUGGAGGUACCAUGCUGGGCAUGGUACAGUACGACAAGGGUCGCUAUGCGGUUGAGGGUCUCGCAUCAACCGACGGUGGUUUGCUUGGAGCGCGCGCGUUAUAUAAUUCCGGCGGUGAUGUGGCUCACUUAGAUACACAAACGCAACCAGCGACUACUAAUGGGAACGGGACGGGUAACGGCGAGAGAGAGCGCAUUUUCGGCCGGUUCAGCACUGGUGCCGAGUUCUACUACGGAACGCUAAACAAGUCAGGAGGGAUGAGUGUUGGAGCACGAUUUGCGACGCUGCCUACGCACAAAGGUACUCCCCUCACUGCGACAAUGACAGUCAACCCCUUGAUGGGAACUAUUAGUUGGAGCUACGCAGUCAUGGCUGGUAGUUAUUGUUCGCUUGCAUCGAGGAUGGAUUUCAAUGUUUACAGUUAUGAAAGUGACUGGGCUGUGGGUAUGGAGCUCUGGAGAAAGAGAACGGCCUGGUCUAUCAACCAAGAAUUGGAAGAAGUACCAACGCCAGUGAACAUCACGCCCGAGAGGGGUUUCCAGGAGAAAUUGGAAUGGGAGUUAGAUGGCCCUUCGUUACCCUUGGACGCGGCUGAGAUUCUAUCACCACCGGAGCCAGUCGCUCAGUCAAAGAAGGAGAGAAGCUUCCAAGCUAAGAUGGAGUGGAGGUUAGACGAUCCUGAUGUGGAUUCGACAGUAUCAACCACCAAUGAGAAUGAUGAUGAUGAAAACGAUGAUCAGUAUUCGGGGGUUUUGAAAGCGCGCCUAGACCAGCAUCUCAGGGUUGGUCUUUUAUGGGAGGGCCGAGUCAAGUCUUUGCUUUUUAGUCUUGGCAGUAGUAUUGACCUACGGCGACUUGACUCGCCUUUCCGCACACUUGGACUCGAAGUACAAUUCUCGGCAUAAAUAUGCCAAUAAGAUAAGCCUAAACCCUCCAAAAUGGCUUUUGUGGCGAUUAAUCAGCGUGUCUGUGUUGCUGUUCAACCCGAAUGUGCGACAUCAUUGCUUGACAAUGGAUUGGUGACACGGUCGCAAUUACGUCCCUGAUAGUACCCUGACCAAUCUCAGGGGCUGACGUGUAUCGACAGCAUCCUUCCUGAGGCAUUCUUCCCGUACGAUGGACCUAUACUAUACUGUGGUCGCACCGAUAAAAGAAGAUUUGCAACCAUGAGAAGAGAAGCGGAUUAUAUAUUAUUUUCCGGGCCAUGAUACCUCUCUCGGUGACCCCGGGGUUAAAAUACCUUGAUGUCUACCUACGUAACCUAGGUAUGUAGGAUAAUUCGACUGGACCCCUGAUGCGUCUUUAACGGCCUUCAAUGCGUUCUCGACCACAUAACGAACACCUUUGUUGUUGCAUGCAGUAAUGGGACCCAAGAGACCGGGCAGUCUAAUUGGAAUAUCUCCAUAGAUACUCGAACCACAUGUGGUGUCGCUUUAGAACCUCGCAACUUGGCACGCCACUAUGC